UAUAACAUGGCGUCUUCAGAUGAAGAAUCUUACUGUAAACUGCCCCACGGAUUGCCUGGUGAAAUCGUUACCAUGGUUUUGUACACUUCGUUCACUAUCAUCGGAUCGUCAGGAAACAUGUUCGUGAUUCUUGCCAUUAACCGGACUCCAGCUUUGAGGAACGUGUGCGGAAUCUUCAUAGCAAAUGUGGCAGUAGCUGAUCUGAUGGUGACAGCAGUAGUAAUGCCUUUAGUCGUGUAUAUCCAUAUUCAGGGGUUUUUGGAUAAGUGCAUUUUCCUUUCUCCGGUUUUUGCUGCCUGGAUAAUAGCACUUUUCUCUGCCAGUUCCUCGCUACUGACGCUGACUGCCCUCAGUGUGGAUCGGUGCUUUGCCAUCUGUCGUCCGAUGAGACACAAAACAAUUGUGACUAAAACAAAGGUAAAGAUAGUCAUGGCAAUAAUAUGGAUAGAUUCUUUGACCCUUCCUCUUUUAGAAAUCUUCCACCGUGGAUCAGCUCUCGCAAAGUUUCUUCAAACCAUUGGUUUAGGGUGCUGCUAUUCCAUCAUAGUCGUGGGCGGUAUUUUUACGGUCAGGCAUGUGCGCGUGAAUUCACGACAAAUGGUAUCACUACAUCAGGAUCAAGGAGCUUCUCGCCUCACUGCAGAAUUGAACCAGAGGAACAAACAAGUCGCUAAGACGAUUGCACUUGUUGUGUUCGUCUUUACCUUGUGUUGGAUCCCAAUCGCGUAUCUUACUGGUAUUGAGAUCAAUGAAGCCAGGAACGUCACAGUAUAUUUCUGGUUCGCCACAGUAGGACUAGCUAACUCAAUAGUAAACCCAUUGAUUUACUUCUAUCGGCAGCCAAACUACCGUAAAGCGCUCAAAUCUUUACUUGGAUGUAAACAAGGCGCAUCUAAUGGUGUCGCGCCAUUGCCGCGGCAAAAACACAGUGCGACCUAAAUGAAUAAGAGAAGACUUGAAGGAAAUAGAAAUUAUUCCCUGGAAAGUGCGCACGAACGAUUUUCAUCCAAGAGGUGCGAUGCACCGAAAAAAAAAAAGAAAAAAAAAAACCAACGGGUAUGUGCGGCAAAAAAGUUUUUAUUUCGUUCACUUUAGUGAGAUUUUUUCCUAUUGACCAGCAAAUUUCAAAGAUUGCAAGCAAACGACUGUGAAAAUACUUCGUUCGUCCAAUCAGAGCAUAGUUAAUCGAUUAACUAUGAUCAACGACACGAACGAUAGUAUUUCACAGUGCAAAUCGCAGUAUGUAUAACGGCGCCUGAUUGAACCCUCUAACUUCUAAGAUAGUCUUCGCACUUCU